AUGCCGUCAUGCGUUGACGGCUUGUAUGACGCUCUUCGUCUACUCGAGCCUCGCCUCGUGUGCCGCCUCGUGGACGGCGUGGCGGGCGGGCGGCUGUCUCUGCCGCCGCCUCGAGAGAGCCUCGUCUCGCUCUUUGUCUACUCGAGCCUCGUCUCGUGUGCCGCCUCCUGGGCGGCGUGGCGGGCGGGCGGCUGCGUGGCGGGCGGGCGGCUGUCUCUGCCGCCUCCUCGAGUGAGCCUCGUCUCGCUCUUCGUCUACUCGAGCCUCGUCUCGUGUGCCGCCUCGUGGGCGGCGUGGCGUGGCGGGCGGCUGUCUCUGCCGCCGCCUCGAGUGAGCCUCGUCUCGCUCUGA